AUGUACAAGAACCAGUUACAAGAGCUAGCGCAGAGGAGCUGCUUCAACCUGCCCUCGUACACGUGCAUAAGGGAAGGUCCGGACCACGCGCCGAGGUUCAAAGCCAUUGUCAACUUCAACGGAGAGACCUUCGAGAGUCCCCACUACUGCUCUACUCUCCGGCAAGCUGAGCACUCGGCGGCCGAGGUGGCUCUCAACUCCCUCUCCGGCCGCGGACCUUCCCACUCGCUCGCCGCUAGAAUUCUCUCUCACGGCCUUCGAUCUCCAUUCUUAGUGAUCAGUCUAGAACUUGAUUGGCAAAUUCAGCUAAACAGCUCCUAA